AUGAUACCGCGGGCGGCACAAAUACGCCAGCAGCAGGCGAAUGAAAGGCGCGCCAGGCUUGAGGAAAGCGCAGCCCGUGCGUCUCGAGAGGACAUGUUUGCACGACACAAUGUUAUGCGGGGCGUGCGAAUUGCGGGCUCACGUUUUGCAAACACCAACCGACACACACGCCGAGACCCAAACCGAGGCAUUAUCACACAAACCGAGUGGAACGAGUUGGUAGAACAGCAUGAAGAUUCGGGUUUUAGGUUUAGGACUUUCUUUUUUGGACUUCUCAUAUUUGCCGUUGCCGUACUGGCACUCGCGAAGUACGACAUGGAGUUUAAUGUGGAGCCCCCUCAAAUUGAAAGCGGGAGGGGGGUUUGGG